AAGAAUUUAGAAGGAGGCGAUGGGGUGGUUGAGGCCGCUGCUCCUGGCAGUUUUGGCCUACGGCGCCGGGGCCUGGCGCCCCGGCGGGCGGGCACCGGCGCUCCGGCGGCCGUCGCGCCUCGGCGCGACCAUCGACGACACGGAGGCGCCCGAGGCGGCCUUCGGCGCGUCGUCGUCGAGCGGCGCCCCCAAGCGCCUGAAGCGCGUGCCGCGCGGCGCGCGCCCGACCGUGGCGAUCAUCGGGCGGCCGAACGUGGGCAAGUCGAGCCUCGUGAACCGGCUCUGCGACGCCGGGAAGAAGGGGACCAUCGCCGUGAACGAGGCCGGCGUGACGCGCGACCGCGUCUACCAGAAGGCCGAGUGGUGCGGCCGGACGUUCGACGUCGUCGACACGGGGGGCCUGCUCUUCGAGGACGAGGAGGGCGCCCUCUUCCUCGACGAGAUCCGGGAGCAGGCGACGCUCGCGCUGCGCGAGGCCUGCGCGUGCGUCGUCGUCGUGGACGGCCGCGCGGGUUCCACGCGGCUCGACGACGACAUCGCGCGGUUCCUGCGCCGGUGGCCCGACCAAACACUCGAGGUCGUGCUCGCCGUGAACAAGUGCGAGAGCGCGGAGCGCGAGGCCGAGCUCGUCGCCGACUUCUGGCCGCUGGGUUUAGGCGAGCCGCGCGCAUGCUCGGCGAUCCACGGCAACGGCGUCGCCGAGGUGCUCGACGCGCUGCUCCCGGCGCUCGACGCGUCCAUCGAGGCCAAGGCGGCGCAGAUCAAGACCAUGGACGCCAUCGACGCCAAGCCCCACGUCAACGUCUGCUUCCUCGGGCGGCCGAACGUCGGCAAGUCGAGCCUCCUGAACCGGUUCUUGGGGCCGGGAGAAACGCGCGCGAUCGUCAGCGACGUCGCGGGCACGACGCGCGACGCCGUCGACGCGGAGCUCGACGUCGACGGCACGAUCUUCCGCUUCGUGGACACGGCGGGCGUGCGGCGCAAGGCGCGCGUGACGAAGCAGGGCACGGAGCCGGAGAUGGUCGCGCGCGCGCUGCGGACCGCGCGGCUCGCGGACGUCGUCCUGCUCGUCGUCGACGCGACGCAGGAGUUGAGCGACCAGGACGCGGCUUUGGCGCAGCGCGUCGCAGACGACGGGCGGGCGUGCGUGGUCCUCGCGAACAAGUGGGACGCGUACGAGGACAAGGACGAGGCGUCGACGCGCGCCGUCGAGAAGAAGAUCAAGGAGACGCUCACGGCCGUGUCCUGGGCCGAGGUCGUCUUCCUCUCGGCGAAGACGGGCCAGCGCUGCCUCAAGGUCUACGCCGCGCUCCAGCGCGCCGUCGACGCGCACCGCCGCCGGGUCGCGACCGCGACGUUGAACGAGGUGAUCCGCGACGCGAUGCUCUGGCAGCCGCCGCCGGCGUCCGCGGGCGGCAAGGCCGGCGCCAAGAUCUACUUCGUCUCCCAGACCGCCGUCGCGCCGCCGACCAUCGUCGCCAUGUGCAACAGCCCCACCGCGUUCACGGACAACUACAAGCGCUACCUCGAGCGCAAGCUCCGCGAGAGCCUCAACUUCGCGGGCACGCCCGUGUCCUUCAUCUUCCGCGGCCGCCGCCUCCGCGACUCGAACCGCGACGCCGCAAAGCGGUCGAAGCCCUAGGCGGCCGGGGCGCCGCUAACUCGUCUUUCGCGCCGAGGUCGGUGCCGGGCCU